AUGAGCCACGAGACAGGAAGCUUUGGCAGCAAUAUCAUUUACCGAACAUCGAUUGCAACACUUGGCCCAGGAGCUGAAGCUCGUCCUGCAAGGCCCACUCAACAAGCAGUCUCAACACUAUGCCAGUACCGGCUGUUAAAGUCUCAGGUGUCCUGGGGAAACAAGAACAAGUCUCGGGUGUCCUGGGGAAACAAGAACAAGUCUCAGGUGUCCUGGGGAAACAAGAACAAGUCUCGGGUGUCCUGGGGAAACAAGAACAAGUCUCGGGUGUCCUGGGAGAACAAGAACAAGUCUCGGGUGUCCUGGGGAAACAAGAACAAGUCUCGGGUGUCCUGGGAGAACAAGAACAAGUCUCGGGUGUCCUGGGGAAACAAGAACAAGUCUCGGGUGUCCUGGGGAAACAAGAAUAAGUCUCAGGUGUCCUGGGGAAACAAGAAUAAGUCUCGGGUGUCCUGGGGAAACAAGAACAAGUCUCGGGUGUCCUGGGGAAACAAGAACAAGUCUCGGGUGUCCUGGGGAAACAAGAACAAGUCUCGGGUGUCCUGGGGAAACAAGAACAAGUCUCGGGUGUCCUGGGGAAACAAGAACAAGUCUCGGGUGUCCUGGGGAAACAAGAACAAGUCUCAGGUGUCCUGGGGAAACAAGAACAAGUCUCGGGUGUCCUGGGGAAACAAGAACAAGUCUCGGGUGUCCUGGGGAAACAAGAACAAGUCUCGGGUGUCCUGGGGAAACAAGAACAAGUCUCGGGUGUCCUGGGGAAACAAGAACAAGUCUCGGGUGUCCUGGGGAAACAAGAACAAGUCUCGGGUGUCCUGGGGAAACAAGAACAAGUCUCGGGUGUCCUGGGGAAACAAGAACAAGUCUCAGGUGUCCUGGGGAAACAAGAUCAAGUCUCGGGUGUCCUGGGGAAACAAGAACAAGUCUCGGGUGUCCUGGGGAAACAAGAACAAGUCUCGGGUGUCCUGGGGAAACAAGAAUAAGUCUCGGGUGUCCUGGGGAAACAAGAAUAAGUCUCGGGUGUCCUGGGGAAACAAGAAAAAGUCUCGGGUGUCCUGGGGAAACAAGAAUAAGUCUCGGGUGUCCUGGGGAAACAAGAAUAAGUCUCGGGUGUCCUGGGGAAACAAGAAUAAGUCUCGGGUGUCCUGGGGAAACAAGAAUAAGUCUCGGGUGUCCUGGGAGAACAAGAACAAGUCUCAGGUGUCCUGGGGAAACAAGAACAAGUCUCGGGUGUCCUGGGAGAACAAGAACAAGUCUCGGGUGUCCUGGGGAAACAAGAACAAGUCUCGGGUGUCCUGGGAGAACAAGAACAAGUCUCGGGUGUCCUGGGGAAACAAGAAUAAGUCUCAGGUGUCCUGGGGAAACAAGAAUAAGUCUCGGGUGUCCUGGGGAAACAAGAAUAAGUCUCGGGUGUCCUGGGGAAACAAGAACAAGUCUCGGGUGUCCUGGGAGAACAAGAACAAGUCUCGGGUGUCCUGGGGAAACAAGAACAAGUCUCGGGUGUCCUGGGAGAACAAGAACAAGUCUCGGGUGUCCUGGGGAAACAAGAACAAGUCUCGGGUGUCCUGGGGAAACAAGAACAAGUCUCGGGUGUCCUGGGAGAACAAGAACAAGUCUCGGGUGUCCUGGGGAAACAAGAACAAGUCUCGGGUGUCCUGGGGAAACAAGAACAAGUCUCGGGUGCCCUGGGAGAACAAGAACAAGUCUCGGGUGUCCUGGGGAAACAAGAACAAGUCUCGGGUGUCCUGGGAGAACAAGAACAAGUCUCGGGUGUCCUGGGGAAACAAGAACAAGUCUCGGGUGUCCUGGGAGAACAAGAACAAGUCUCGGGUGUCCUGGAACCGUGAUGAAGAUUCGAACCCAUGCGCUGGGUAUUCCCAGACGCCCGCUCUAAACGACUACACGCCACGACAUGGGAAAAAGAAUGGCAACCUGGGGUACUACAGCACCCACUAG